CAUUGAUUUCCCCCUGACUGACCGUGUCCGGGCGGCGGUGGUGGAGAGCUGGAUGCUGGAGAGGCAGAAGUCUAGUGCGGGAUAUAAACAGGAAAAGCAUUGCAGAGUUCGGGGCGGAUAUUUUUUUUACUUCAUUUUAUUUUAUUAACCCGACGGGAUACUUUACCGAAUGUAAACGUCAAGUCGGGAAGAAACUCCACCUGUACGUAAAAAAAGCAAAUAAAAGCUAAAGCUAGCAGGAAAAAAGGGGUGGGAGCGCGCGACAUCGCUAAAAAAGCUAACACCAGAGAAGGGCCGCGGAAAAGUGGAAAUAACGGGAGAGGAAGCAUCACCGCCGAGGAGCCCCGUUAUCCCCGAAGCAUGGCCGACGCAGAGCUGGACUUCCAGACUGGCGAUGCGGGGGCGUCCGCCACUUACCCCAUGCAGUGCUCCGCGCUGCGCAAAAAUGGCUUCGUCGUGCUGAAAGGACGACCCUGCAAGAUCGUGGAGAUGUCCACCUCCAAGACCGGGAAGCACGGCCACGCCAAGGUUCACCUGGUUGGCAUCGACAUCUUUUCUGGUAAGAAGUAUGAAGAUAUUUGCCCCUCCACCCACAACAUGGACGUUCCAAAUAUCAAAAGGAUGGAUUAUCAGUUGAUCGGUAUCCAAGAUGGCUACCUCUCCCUGCUCCAGGACAGCGGGGAGGUGAGGGAGGACUUGAAGAUUCCUGAGGGUGACCUAGGAAAAGAGAUAGAGAGCAAGCAUGACGCCGGAGAGGAGAUCCUGAUAACCGUUCUGAACGCCAUGGAGGAAGAAUCUGCUAUCGGCAUCAAAGCUUUGGGCAAAUAAGCCGCCGGAGGUGAAGACAGACCUGCAACCCGCUGCUGCUGCUGUCACCUCACCGCUACCACCUGACCGAAGCCCGCCGGAGGAGGGGAACAACCCAUGUAAAAAGACGCGUCCCUCCAGCCAGUGUGUAAUGUCAUAAACCGCAGAAAGGGGGCGGCAGUUUUUCCGUUUUGUCCUUCAGGCUGGUCAACUUGUACGUGCUCAUAAUACUGAAAGCCUUUUUUUUCUUUCAUAUUUAUGCAUCGUAUGAUUCUAUUUUUAUGCAUACGCUUUUGAACUGGAAAGCUAGUGAUUAGGCAGCGUUCAAAGACCGAAAAACUGACACGUUUUGUGUGAAGUGGUGGGCUCGCCCCCUCCUCAAUCCACCCUCUGGGGUUUCGUUCAUUUUGUGUAGCAUCCACGAGCGCCUAGAGUCCGUUCUGUGUUUAGAAGCAACGUUUGGAUCGUUUGAGGGUCGCACUUACAGCCUCACAGGACAAACCGUAGCAUUGUUGGAAUUUAUGCACUUUCUUUUUCUAUAAAUGUGUGGGCGCCGCACGGAGGCGUCCGCCAAAGAUCUGCUGGUCGUGCAAUGUUUCUUCCAGUCUAAACACUUUCUCCCCUCACACCUCCCUUUGUAGUUCUGUUUCAGGGGCAAAUCAGAGAAGGAAGGUUCUAUUUUUUCUUUGUUGUAUCUAGCCAACCCUGGGACUUGAUCGCAACAGAAUGAGGUGUACAGAAGAGGAAAUCUUGAAGGACUUAAAGCUGUUGAUGUUCCACUCUUUUUGUUUUAUUAUUAUGCAUUUGUUUCAGGUUUAUCAAGGGCUUCUACUCUAAAUCUGCAUUGUUCUGGAGAGCUUGUUCAGUCGGUGCCGCACACUGAAGAAAUCUGGGUUUUGUAUCUGCAUGACGACAGGAUCCGAACAGACGUCUCAUCGUUCUAUCGCGAGAGUCGAGCUAACUCGAAAACUCGCAAAGAAAAGUGACAAAUUCUUUAGCCAGAAUGUUUGGAAAGAACACGUUUGGAAGGUGUUGUAAACACGCUGUGGUGUGGGGACAUGUCAAAGUCACGGAGAAUUGGCUUGUAGCGGUUUGGCGUCCUUACCUUGUUUUCAUACAGCCGAUCCAAACUGUACAGAAUGUCUCCACGGCCAAAAAAUAAAAAAAAGGAAAAGAAA